UGUUUCGUUCGAGGUGUUUUCAAAUUCGAAUACCUUUCGUUCGGACUGUUUUGUUUUCGAACAUCUUUCAUUCGAAUCAAACCAAACGUCAAACCCACUUUGUUUAUGAAGGAGUGAAUAAUUUCCGCAGCGGAUGAGCGGUGAACUGCAAAAAUGGAAAAAAACAAAAACAAAACAACCACUAAAAAUCAGUUCGAGCGGAUUGUGCUGCUUCUGGAGCAAGAGCCGGACAUAGCAAAGGGUUUCUCCCGAGGAAAUUCCGGACCCUUCUGGGAUGAUCUGGCGGCAGAAGUCAAUAGUUUGGGACCGCCUAUUCGCGAUGGAAGUGGAUGGAAAAAGGUUUGGGCGGACUAUAAGUCCGGAUUAAAGCGAAAACUCGCUCACAACAAACGGGAGCAGAGGGCGACAGGUGGAGGACCCAAUAAAAUUAUCAAUUUGUCCGAGCUGGAGGAGCAGGCAGUUCUACUAACUGGGUUACUUGCGACCGUGGAAGGAAUCCCGGGUACCUCAUCUCAUGGAACACAGUUGGGUUCGCCUUCGGGUGAACCUCAAGCUGCAGACCAGGAAAAUUUUAUAUAUUAUGGUACUUCCGACGAGUGUGACGGUAUCAAUAAUACCAUUCACUUCCAGCCCUCUCAGCCGAAAAAAUCCAGACCUUCUACCACGAGGCUAUUAGAGCUGCAAGUCGAGCAACAAAACAAAUUUCACACCAAUGUGAAAUCCCUGUUAAAAAACACAAACAAGAAUUUGAGUGAUCUGGUUCAUUAUCAGCGCCAAUCAGCUCGAGCGAUUCUUUCCGUGGAUGCCACACUCAAAGAACAUCUGAGUGAACAAAAACGACAUAACCACGAGAUGGAGAAGAUCGCGCUGGAGAAAUCAAUAGCGACAAAUCCUUGAAACGCAGAUUGCGUAUAUUUCAGAACAUUAGAAUAAUGUUUCAAAAUAUCAGUGAUCUGAUUUUUUAUCUUUAUAUUGUAACUCAAGUAUAAAAAAAUGAAAAAAGUUCUAAUCGUAUUUUUAUAUCUUUCCAUGGAAGAAAAAUCUUACUUAAUUUUUUCUUUGAAGUUUGUUUGGAAUAGCAUCAAAAUUAUAUAAACUUUUUUAAAAUUCACGAAUUUCGCCUAUAGUUUAUGGAACUUCCUUAACCCCUUCACGUACAACAUUGAACUUCACUCGUUGUUUCUCGAUGUGAAAUAAUUACAUAGCUUCAGGCAUAUGAUGAGGAUACCGACAACUGAAGAUUAUCAAAUUUCCGUUAUUUAAAAAAAAAAUUGAAUGAGCUAAAAAUAUAAAAUAUAAUUUGAAUAUUAUAAUUAAAAUAAAAACGAACGAGUUAGUACGUAGUAAUAACUCCUUCGUUUUUAUUUUAAACACAACAUGUAUUUGCUCAUCAUAGGGCACCCAUGUUAGAUACCCACACUCAGCAGAGUAGCGGAACGACUCGAAGUGCUCGUUUUGGGCCGUGCUGUUGGAAAUUAAAUCGUACAGCAAGGGGUUAAAACAACGCAAAAAGUAUUAACAAUGGUUAUUUGAAUACUUGGCCUGCUUACGAGAAAUCGAUAAUGACAUGUUCUCAAAGUGUUGGCAGGAAUAAGAGUAAAUAAUUCUGCCGAAACCAUAGUUAAGUAAGGAAGACA